AGCGGGUGCGCUAGACGUGUCACUCGUAUCUUGCAGUGUCCGCGCGCGCCUCUCUCUCUCUCUCUCUCACUGUCACUCGCUCUGUCUCGCGCUCACUCUCCCUUCGUCUGCGUGCGUGUGUGUGUGUGCGUGCGUGCCCGUGUUUACGAGAGCGCAGCGCUCCACGUGCGUCCUACAGCGCGGGGCUCGCGCAGCAGCAGCGAUGAGCGGCGGCGCUCCGCCGCGAGACCCCUUCUACGCCUCCCCGUUCGGCCCGUUCUACCGGAGGCACGCGCCGUGCGCCGUCCAGCCCGACUACCGCAUGCACGAGCUCAAUAAACGCCUGCAGUCUCGCACUGAGGACUGUGAUAUUCUAUGGUGGGAUGCGUUCUGCACAGAGUUUUUUGAAGAGGAUGCUACGCUAACCCUGUCGUUCUGCUUGGAAGAAGGACCAAAGACUUACACAAUCGGACGGGCACUCAUCCCUCGCUUUUUCAGCACGCUGUUUGAGGGAGGAGUGUAUGAGUUGUUUUUUGAGUUAAAACACACGAAAGAGUCGUUCAACAACUCCACCAUCACUGUAGACUGCCACCAGUGCACCAUGGUCACACAGCACGGCAAGCCAACUUUCGCCAAGGUCUGCACGGAGGGACGUCUGAUUUUGGUGUUCACCUUUGAUGACCUCAUGAGAAUCAAAACGUGGCAUUUCACAAUCUCGCACUACAGUGAGCUCAUCCCUCGCAGUGUGCUGGCUGUUCACGCACAAGACCCUGGAGCUCUGGAGCAACUGUCCAAAAACAUCAGCAGAGUGGGACUAAGCAAUCUCACACUGAACUACCUCAGAUUGUGUAUGAUCCUGGAGCCAAUGCAGGAGUUGAUGUCGAGGCAUAAAACGUACGGCUUGAGUCCACGGGACUGUCUGAAGACCUGCCUCUUCCACCAGUGGCAGAGAAUGACCACACCACCAGUUGGACCCUCGCCCAGCUUUAAGACAGAAAUAUUCCAAUCAAAUCCCAAAAAAGCAGAACCAGCCAAACCCACAGCGAAGAGAAGAAGAAGGCGGAACUCGGCCGGCAGCGCAUCCGGUAACACCACAGGAAACAGCAAAAAGCGCAGCCCAGCCAACAGCUUCAGCCUGCCCACACAGGAUGUGAUGAUGGUAGGCGAGCCGUCUCUGAUGGGCGGGGACGUGGGGGGCGUGGACGAGCGUUUGAUCACGAGGCUGGAGAACGAACAGUAUGACCCCACCAACGGUCUCCAUGACGAUGAUCUCCACGACUAUGCCAACUCACAGGCGCUCAGCAACGGCAGCCCCUGGAACGGCCAGCCCCCUGGCAACCAGGACAGCCAGCCUGAUACCAUGGCAACCCAGCCGCUGGAGUAACGUGAACUGACAGUGGGUUGCUAUGGAAACGGAGGGAUGGGAGCGCUCAUCUGGGGACGGAGAAAAAGGAGGAGUGUGUGUGUGUGUGUGUGUGUGUAUGCGCACGUUUGCGUAUGCUUGCGUGAAUGAGGACGUGACAUAUGAUGUCAUCCAUACGUAAAACUCUUACAUCAGCUUUCACAGAGACUGAAACCAGUAAUAAAAAAACCCAGUUCCAGCACACAUUCCAUCACUGAACCAGUAAGAGUUCAGAUCUCACUGGCUGCUCUAUAAAUACGCUGCGCUGUUUACUGACUUCACACCGCAAUUUUUACGCUAUCUGGAUGACGUAAUUCUGUUCUGCGAUUUUCGGUUUGGCUUUGUUUUCUGAAGUUGAUGAUAAUGUUCUGUGUGGAUAUGGUAUUGUUUGUUUUUUAUGGGCGUAACUGCAGACUUUACCCCUUUAUUAAUUAAUACUUUAACGUAUGAUGUAUAAUUAUACCUGCAGGUAUUUGUAUUUACCAUUCAGUGUGUAUUUUCUGUAUGCUUUUCAAUUAUUCGCAUCAAUAAACUGUGUUCGGUUAUGAUGACAAGGCCAGCGCUUUCGUUACUCGCGCAAGUUAUUUAAUAUUUAUUGAAUCGUUACUGAAUUCAAUAAAACAUUUUCAGUAAAGUGCAAAACA